CUCGAUCGCUUCUCCCCCUCACUCCCCUCUCUCUCCCGAACGCAGUUGCCACCAUGCGCCGCUCGAUCCCGCGGCCACCGGCAACCCCGUGCCCAGGAGACUUGUCUGGGAGGUGUGCCGACCACCGCUUCUUCUUCCUCGACCAUUGGUUGAAGCCGGGGCGAUCUACAUCGAAGGAAUCGGGCCCUUCUUCGUCCUCGGUCGCGGCUUCUUCUCCGGCAAACUCUGGCGCCGCCGAUCCUCCCCGAGCCUGCUGCCCUCCCCUACCGCACCACAGUGUUGGGUUUCUUGGCGGAUCAUACCCUGAAGCCGCCGCACCAGCUUAAGGUGCACUUACACUGGUGGUGUAAAGGAUUCACUGCAUCACAGCUCCGCACCAUUAACUGAUGAAGCAGUAAAUGAAAUGGUUAAGACUCUUCUGAAUGAAGAUCCGGAAGAUUGUGUUAAAGUGGGUCUGGCCCAUUUCUGCAAGCUUAACCCGUCACCAGAUGCUAAGUCUGACUUUUGGAAAACGGAGUAUGAUCAUGAGGCUGCUAAGAAGGCUAGGGCCGCCAAAAAAGCUGCCAAGAAAACCACCAAGAAGACCACCAAGAAGAAAGAAACCAAGUGCUUCUGACCUGCUCAAACUAGAUGAUACCUCUGAGUCGGAGGUAGCCCUUGACUCUCUUGGCUCUUUUUUCAAUUAUCUUAUUGACACUGACUAUUAUCAAGCUGACACGGGAGCCAGCCAAGCAGAAGAAGAAGAAGAAGAAGAAGAGGUAACUAUUAUUUCCUCCGGCUCAGAACCUUUGCCAAGACAGAAACUUCGACAAGUAACCUGGAAAGUAAGGUUUUCACACCCCUUGGCUUAUUUAGAUCCUCACUUUAUUUUGAAGCAAUAGCAACAUGAGAGCCGACGUCAGACCUGGACCAGUGGAGGUGACGAAUUGUCUUCCGGCUUACCAAACACCCCCGCUCCUCGAAAACGUUGAAACGAGGUUCUUUUUAACUUUAAACUCCUCACCUGCUCACGUGUCUUAUUUGUUUAUCACUUAACCCUGUUAAUGACUAUUGACUAGGAACUUGCCCGUUCUUCCUCUGACGGCUCAUCGCAAACUAAGUUGCCGGCUUUUAAGACUGCCCCUGGUGGUCAAGCAAAACCUAACAAGAAGGCGAAGGUGACCAAGCCAACUGCGGCACCUGAAGCUGCUGAGCCGGAACAGCAAAUCUCUGCACCUGAAGCUUCUGACAAACAGGCAGAGGAAACUGUCACUGACGCUCCACCUGAGAUUCCGGAUCUCUGUGUUGAUGACACUACUGUUAAUCCUUCAAAUCAUGCGCCAUCAAGCUCACUUAAACCAUCGGAGACUCAUAAUGAUUUUGUGUUGAUUACUGGCACCGGCUUUGUAGAGCCAGGAAAUCCAAUAGCCUUAGCUAAACAUAUUGCCAAGCAAGAGGUUAUUGAAAGGCGAAAGAUGAAGUUUGACAUCUCCCAUUAUGCGCAACUAAGCAGCAGUGAGAUCCUCCCUGGUUACCUCAGCCAAGUACACUCCAGCCAUGAUCUUGAAGUUGAUAUGGUGAAACAAAUGCACCAAAAGUAUGAGGUAUGACUUCCAGAUUUAAAUAAUUUAUGUAUAUCCUGCCAGCCCCCAAGUCUACUGGUUAUGAUAAGCUUGAAUAGACUGUAGACUUAGAAGAAUCCAUGAACUUCUGCCCUAGAAUCCCUCCAAGUCCAGUUUAAACCUAAACUGGAUGCUUUUAAGUAGUUUUAGCUUUUGCAUCCGUAGCCCCCAAGGGCCGAUUUAAUCAGCAUGAAUGAGCCGGUCCAAUUUAUCAUUUGUAAGAAAAGAGAGCUUAGUCUGCAUAGCCCCCAUGAGUCAGUUGGGACUGUUUACCGUACAUUCGUCUCAUUAUGAAAAAGAUACAAGCGAUAUGCAUUAGCCCCCAAGUGCUAAGUAGUCUUGCUUCCAAAGUGCUUGGGACUUUAGUUAUAAGAGCCUUUUGCUUUAAAAAUUUCUUUGACAGACAUUAGCCCCCAAGUGUCAAGUGUUGUUGCUGGCAAAAGACUUGGGACUUAUAUUGUUGGAACCUUGAUAUAAAUGUUGAUAACUCUGUACUUCAUACAGGCUGGUACUGCUGAACUAGAAUCUCAAUUGAACGACGCAAAGACGCGGCUGGCGACUCAGGAAACUGAGACCCGGAAAGCUGAUUCAAAGUUCCAGUUUAGCUUGGCUGAGUCGGAAAAGCUGAAGACCAGUUUUGAGGCAGAGAAAAAGACUUGGGUUGAAGAAAAGACUGCUUUAAUUCAGCGGGCUGAGAAGGCAGAGGCAGCUCUUGAAGAGGUGACCACUGAGCUCACUGGCUUAGAACGCCAUGUAUCUCAGAUGGUUUCUGCUAUCUUUGGUCCCAGAAGCAGAAACCUCAAUCAAGACAUGCUUGUAAAGCUGAAAGCUGUCUAUACACUUGUUGAACAGCUGUACACUGGGACUCAGCGUGCCCUGGCCACAAUUUCUCCAACUAAUCAAGCUCCUAGGCUUUUGAUAGAUGUCUUAAAAAAGCUCUCUGUGCUACCUGCCAGGAUCGAUGAGAUGAAGCGAUCAUCUGCAAGAGCCGGCGCUGUGACAGCCUUGAGCCGGGCUAAAGCAUGGGUACCGGAAUUAGAGCCGACUGAUGUAGCCACAGGAUAUACAAGCUUAAAAGAGGAUGGUACUCCUUUUGACAAAAAUGACUUUGCAGCCUGUGUGAAGGAAAUUCGUCCAAUGGCCACCCAGAUUGCAAAUGAUUCAGACAUUUCAAAGUACCAUGCGGCUUAUGACAAGCAAAAUCAGAAGAUGCCUACACCGGCUUACAGAGUGAUGGAUCUGAUCCCUCCAAUCCGUAAUCAUACUUUUGCCUCUGAAGUUGAACCGUCCAAUCUUAUAGAUGACGAAGCUGAAUUUCAAGCCUUAUCUGGCAUUGAUUAGUCAUCACGUGAUUUUCAGACGGCGGAGGAGGACGAAGAACCGGAGAAGUAUGAUCCGGAAGCCUCCAAUCAGUGAAACCAAGAAGAAUAAACCGUCAGGUGGUUUAUAUAUUAACCCUUCAAAACACUUGAUCUUAUUUGACUCGUGGAGUCAUGUAAUAGGUUAGUAAAAAACUUGGGCAUGCCGCGCCAUCGUGCACGCU